AUGUCCCUCACAAACUCAAGUCCCCUCGAGGCUGCACAGGCUGCAAAGUCGGCCUCACACCUCCUCGCCACCCUCCCCGUCAGCGCCCGCAAUGACGCCCUGACAGCAAUCCACGACUCUCUGUUAGCUUCUAAGGAUGCAAUCCUGGCCGCAAAUGCAAAGGACAUGGAUGCAGCGCGGCAGGCCGCCGCCGAUGGGCAGUUGUCGCAAAGCCUGGUGUCUCGCCUGGAUUUGGCCAAAGCGGGCAAGUGGGAGGACAUGCUGAAGGGUAUUCUGGAUGUACGCGGACUAGAUGACCCUCUGGGCGUCGUGGACCUGCGCACGAAGCUGGACGACGGCCUGGUGCUGGAGCGCAUGACCUGCCCCAUCGGCGUGCUGCUCAUUAUCUUCGAGGCCCGCCCCGAGGUCAUCGCCAACAUCGCCAGCCUGGCCAUCAAAUCCGGCAACGCCGCCAUCCUCAAGGGCGGCAAGGAGAGCACCCACAGCUUCGUCGCCAUCUCCACCGCCAUCUCCGCCGCCCUGGCCGCCAGCGGCGUCGCCGUGCCCGAGGCCGCCGUCCAGCUCGUCACCACCCGCGACGUCAUCCCCCAGCUGCUCGGCCUCGACGCCUACAUCGACCUCGUCAUCCCCCGCGGCGGCAACGACCUGGUGCGCUACGUCAAGGAGCACACCAAGAUCCCUGUCCUGGGCCAUGCUGACGGUCUGUGCUCCGCUUACCUGGACCGUUCUGCCGACCCCAAGAUGGCAGCCGCCGUCGCCGUCGACUCCAAAACCAGCUACCCGGCCGCCUGCAACAGCCUCGAGACUCUGCUGGUUGACGAGGCCGCCCUGGACGGUGUCUUCCCUGCCGUCGCUGAGGCCCUGCUCGCCAAGGGUGUCACGCUGCGCUGCGAUGCCCGGACCAAGGCCGUUGCCGGCAAGCUGUCUUCCACCGGGGAUGGCAAGGUCGAGGAUGCUCAGGACGUCGACUUCGACACUGAGCACCUCGCACUCAUCCUAGCUGUCAAGACCGUGUCCGGGUUGGACGAGGCCGUGGCGCACAUCAACACGCACGGGUCGCACCACACGGACGCGAUCCUGACCUCGGACGAGGCCCAGGCCGAGCGCUUCAUGACCGCCGUUGACUCGGCCGGCGUGUACUGGAACGCGUCGACGCGCAUGGCUGACGGCAUGCGGUACGGCUUCGGCACCGAGGUCGGCAUCAGCACCAACAAGAUCCACGCCCGCGGGCCUGUCGGGCUCGAGGGCUUGACUAUCUACAAGUAUAAGGUGCGCGGCACGGGCCAGGUUUCGGCUGUGUAUGGCGAGGGGGAGGGCAAGAAGCGCUUCUUGCAUGAGAAGAUGGCCUUGUAA